GCUCAGUUUUCCUCGCCUAGGAGAUGAAAUAGUAUUCUUUACUUGCUCAUCAAAAGGCAAACCGUCAGCUCAAAUCGCUUCGGCCGCUGUACCAUGCGAAUGCUAGGAACUCUAUCACUCGGGAAGUAAUGAAACCAAGUCCUGUUCACAAGAUGUUCAGGCCACUCGACAAUCGAACAUUCGACCAGUAAUGAUGCGUAGCGACAUACGAUGUACGAGUGUGCCACGAACAAAGGAGCGCGGGUAGAACAAUACUAAGGUCACGACGGCGAGACCACGAGCUUUCCGAAAAUAUAGAGCCAGCCACGCAAGUCUGCAGGCGAGCCUUUGAAGUAUUCGCCGUUUCUUCUUUCUGCCUCUACAAGCUGUUCUGCUAAUCCCCUUCGCAUCUGCUCUAAUUGUAGCAUCAGACUGUCGUUCGCAGUCUACGCAAUGGCCGAGAAAUCCGUCGCAAUCGUAGGCGCAGGGCCUGCCGGCCUCAUAGCGGCGCGUAAGCUACAGGCACUCACGCCCUUCAAGUUCACUAUCUUCGAGAAGUCGACUCGCGUCGGUGGGCUUUGGGACCGCGAGAGCUUCAUUCAUCCUAAGAUGAUGACCAACUUCUGUCGGUUCACUGCCACGUUCUCCGACUUUGCCUGGGAGAGUGUGGAUCUUGGACGGCCUGCUCCCGUAUAUCCACAGGCGUGGAUGGUGGAAAAGUAUCUGCAGGGAUAUGGGAGGCUCAUUCCGGACGAGUGCUACGAGUUCCAGACGUGUGUCACUAGGACUGAGCGGGAGGGUGAGGGUUGGAAGAUUAGUUCGACGAAGGAUGGGGUGGAGAAGACGCGGUACUUUGACUACUUGGUCGUCGCGACGGGGUACCUACAGCAUCCUAAGGAGCUUAGGUGCGAGAUCGAGCCGUCUAUCAAGACGAACCCGCUUUUCCCGGUGCCAAUCCUCCACAGCACGAAAUACCGCACGCUUGAACAAAUCGUUCCGUUUAACGAAAGCUCCAACGACGUCCAGCGCACUGUGCUCGUCAUAGGGGGCUCACAUUCUGGCGCCGAUAUAGCAUCGCUCAUCGCACACCAAGCCUCGGAUGCUCGAUGGGGCCCCAACGGGAACCAAGCCUUUCGCGGCGUCAAGGUCAUUCACGUUGGGAUGAACGUUCUGCUCCCCAUUCCCGGCAUGGUGUGGAAUAAAGCAGCAACGCACGUCUCUAUGCAUCCGCUCGAGUUCACGUUAUGCGAGCGAUCGACCCGUGAGGCUGAACCCCUCACCUUCGCCUUCACUCCAGCCAGUAUCCAAGAGAAUCAGGUGCUCCUCUUUUACUACAAGGAGAUCAUCGAAGGCGGUGUCGGAGAUCUCGACUUCAUGGAGAAACUGCCUGCCAACGUAGCACUAGGCGACCGCUACUACCAAUGUAUACAAGACGGACGCAUCCAACUCAUUCGGGGAGUCGUCAAGGGGCUUGAGAAAGGGCAGAAUUCCGAAACCAUCACUGCCAGGGUAAACGGAAAAGAUGGCCAAGACGUCGUCAUCCACAACAUCACCGCUGUCAUCAACGCAACGGGCUUCAACUCCGGAGGCGGCCUCAGUUUCCUUGCCGACGACGUCAAAGAGCAGCUCGAGUUUGACCCUGCGAACACGCGCCUCCCCGCGGUGCUGAACGCCAGCUACAUGGCGCAGAACUCCAAUGUGCGCGAAAUUGCUCUUCUCGGCUUCGUCCCCGUCAACUGGGGCAUCAUCGAGAUGCAGAUGCGCGCAGUCGUGAACCGCUGGACCGGGCGCCCCUUCGACGAAGACGCCGAGCACAUCGCCGCUCUCGGCGACCACAUGCGGUACAUCCAAGCCGCCAUCCGCGACGAGAAGCGGAAGGAAGAGGUCCCGCAGUUCUUGUUCGGUGACUACCUGGGGCUCAUGGAGCAGGCUGCGAGAGAGCUGCGCAUGGAGCAGAUCUACGGAAAGAACGGCGACUUCAAUGGGUUAUUCUGCUCCUCGCGCUUCGUCGGGCCCGGCGAGUCGAAGAGCGAGGCGCUCAAGACCAUGUACGCGAUACACCAUCUGCAAGAGGACAUCGACCGACGCAAUCCUCUCCUGGCGUAUGUGGCCUUUACGGGCCUUCUGGGUCGGUGGAGGAGCAAGUCGCCCGCAGACACUGCAGACACGUGCGCGGAGGCUGUAUACGAGGUGGAGGCUCAUCCUCGAUAUCCCACUGCGCCAGGGUACGACCUGGAACAUGUCAUAGUGCUAAAGGAUGGUGACGGGAAAGAAAAAUCCAGACUGGUCGCACGCUACACUGAAGUCACGUACGAGAUUAGUCUUUGGGCGGUGGACACAAGCAAGGGCCCCUGUGAGACCGGGCCGUUGCUCUUCAAGGUUCCUAUCGAUCGCGACUCCAAUGGCGAAGUGACGGCCCCUUUCGGCACUAUAAGUUACCAUGUAGACUUCAGGGGGAGUAGGCUUGAUGGGUUCCGUGUGACGGUGGAGAAAGGAUUGGCUAUUGAGCAGACAUUUGUCUUUGAGAGGCUGUGUGAGCAGGUCAUCGCGGAUGCUGCUCUCGUGGGACUGAAAGGAGAGGACUCUUCUGUGGCGGAAAAGCUCGGCGUGCAGGCGGAUGAGAAUGGGGUUGUGAACGAUGCACUCCCAACUGCGCCUUAGGCAAGUUUCGCGCUGGCUCAAAGGUAAUUGCUGAAGGAUAGAGGCUUGCUUGGGGC